AUGGAUCGGUUCAACAAGACUGCUUUGGAAAUUUGUGAUCUCAAUCCGGCUGUUGCACUGCAUCACCUGACAACAGCUUUAAAGCCUGGGCCGUUUGUUAAUAACAUCUGUAAAAAGCCUCAUUCGGACAUGAAUGAUUUACAAAGGCGGGCCGAUAAAUAUAUGCAAAUGGAAGAAUUGGCUAAAUAUCGCAAUCAAGCCCGAGCCGAACCAUCGAGCAAGCCAGAGAAGCAAACAGAGCAACCAUACAGGGGGCGAGGCAAGGAGAUAACCCUUCGGGACCGACCCAUGCGGGGACCGAAGUAUACACACUAUACCCCUCUCAACACAAGUCGAUCCGCGGUGCUUCAACACGCGUUGGAAUCGGAAGUACUGGCCAUUCCGAAAAGGGCUUCCACUCCUCCACGCGAUGAUACCAGCAAAUCUUGUCGGUAUCACCGCAAUCGUGGACAUUCUACCGAGGAGUGCGCGACUCUCAGAGACAAAAUUGAGGAUUUAAUCAAACAAGGUCGACUUCAUAACUUUGUUGAUCGGGUCGACUCAUCUCGGUCCCGCCAAUAUCAGCCAAAACAUGAUCAGCCUCGGCAAGACCGUUCAGAUAGACCUCGUCGCGAGCGAAGCCGAUCACGUGAUAGGAAAGAUGAGCCUAUAGCUUCUCAUAGGCGAGUCAUCAACACUAUCGCAGGGGGAUUUGCUGGCAGAGGCCCAACUUCUUCAGCCCAGAAGAGGCAUUUGCGCGCCGUCUGA